GCGGUGCAUUGCGGCGGCGCGGAGAAUUUAGAGAGGUGAGCACGGAGCCGUCAGGCAGCAGGAACUGGGCCAUGGCCUCUGAACUGGACUUCUCACCUCCCGAGGUGCCCGAGCCCACUUUUCUGGAGAACUUGCUGCGUUAUGGCCUCUUCCUGGGAGCCAUCUUCCAACUCAUCUGUGUGCUGGCCAUCAUCGUGCCCCUGCCCAAGUGCCAUGAGGUGGAGGGAGAACCGACUGAGUCCCGGAGCACCGAGGCCACCAGGAAGCCCAGGGCUGUGGCUCCUUCAGCCAGCAAGAGGCCUAAGAAGGAGACGAAGAAGAAGCGAUAGAAGGGAAACCUGCAGCCCUGCUGGGCCUCUCUGGGGCCUCACAGUGUCCCAUUCCCACUCGCUGUCCCAGCCUUGGUGCCCAGGAUGUCCUCCUACCAGAGAGCUGGACAGUAAAAACAGUCCCCAACUAGCUAGACCAUCACUUUCUCUGCCUUUGACUUCUGUGACCCGUCAGAGCUGGUGGUUGGAGGCUGCAGACCCUGUGAGCAGAGUCUGUCCUGGAGGCCUGUUCAGAAGAGGAAUCGGCCCCCAAAGGACACUUCCUCUCUUACUCACCAUGUCAAGCCCACCUUGCAGCUGGGCCAGUGUCUCCUGCUGACAGACACAUCUGCCUUCCUUCCU